ACGCAUAUUUCAACUAGAAGAGUGUUCUGAACAAAGGACUUCUUCCUGAAUUUUACUUUUUUUUGUACUUUUAGAAUAGUCACUUCGUUUUCCAAUCAAAAUUUGCUUAAGCAGGAAACGUGAAUCCCUGUAGAGGCGUAUCAUGCAUAUAGUGUUUGGUUGUCUUCCAUUGCGAUCGCUGAUGUAGAUGGCUUCAGAAUUCCAAAGAUCGCAAGUGCUCUGGCAGGAACGAGGAAUUAUCGAGGCUCAAAACAAUCGGGACCUGCGCUAUCAACAUGGAAAAGGGCCAUGCAAUAUUUUCAUACUGGAUACAUCUUCAAGCAUUGGAAUUGAAGGAUUCUUACAAAUGAAAGAUAUAUUUUGUACUAUUAUGGAUGAAUAUGCUUGUUAUCCGGACAGCGAUGAGAAUGUAGCAGUAAUAAUAUGUGGAAGAGAAACUAAAUUUCAACAUUAUUACUCAAAUCAAUACAUGGAUCUAAAACGUUGCCUGGACGACAUUGCUUUUGGGGGUUCAUCUCCUAUUACGGCGGCAUUCUUUUUAGCUACUGGGUGUUUUAAGUAUGGUGCAGGACACACUAGGAGAAUUAAAGAUUUUCGUGUUCAUCCUAGAAUAAUUCUUAUUUCUGACGGGAAACCCACAGAUUUCACUGUUGUUAGUGAUAAGGACGAUUUUCUUCCAUAUGCAACUGAACAGGAUAAAUAUCAUUUGAUACAGUUAACGAGAAAGAUUGGAAGGCAUCACCCAAUAUUUUGUAUUCCUAUCGGAAAUAAUCCCGAUUUGACCUUUUUAGAAUCUUUAAGUGUACAGUCCCGAGGAGGAAAGAUCGUUCAACCCCGAGAAAUAAGACAGUUUGCAAAGUACACUGAAAAUUUGACAAGCGCUGCAGCGUUGUCGUUUACGAUGAUGAAUGAUGGUUCUGACCGCGAAAUGGUUUUAACUUUGUUGGCAUGCAAAUGUCCAGAGAAAGAAUUUACAGAGGAGGACCAGGAUGAUAUAUUCGAAAUGUGUUCGAAGAAGUUUCUGUACAGUUCAUUGGAGGAUUUAAGAGCAGAAUCUGUCGUUGAAAUUGAGGACGCAUUUCAAGAGAGAGAUCCUCGAAUGCCUCCUUUAGGGUCCAGGGUCAAGCGUGGACGGGACUGGAUGUGGAAUAAUCAGGAUAGCAAUGCCCCUGGGACUGUUAUAGGGCAUCAUAAAGAGGCUGGUUGGCUAAACGUAGAAUGGGACACAGGAUUGAUACAUGGCUACAGAUACGGUACUUCAAGUACAGAAAGAGAUAAAUAUGACGUCACAGUUUGUGAAGAACCUAGAAUUCUGGAUGAUGAAAUGAUUGCCACGGGUUGCUUGGUAAAAAGAGGUCCGGACUGGGAAUGGGGAGACCAAGAUGGUGGAGAGGGAAGUAUUGGGUCAGUUUUCAGGAUUAUAGGCAUUGGUAUUGCUCAUGUUCGUUGGCAAAAUGGUUUGAGGAGUGAUUACAGAUUUGGUUUUCAAGGAAAAUUUGAUUUACAGAUCUGUGAUCCAUUUUCACCGGAAGCUACUGGGUAUCUUCAGGACCAGAAAAGAACAGCUGCAAUGAGAUGCCCAAUAAACGAAUCAACUAUGGAAGUCGAUGAACAUGCUUUUUCAUCUGAUUCAGCACUUUCCUUGGGUUUCUGCACAUCUGCCAAUGACCAUAAUUUUACAUCUGAGAAGACAUGCGAAAAUCCCAUUGGUAGCACCUCUCUUUUAAAAAUGCCCAAGGGAAAGUAUUUUAAGAAUAAUCGAGUGGAUGAUGAACUAUCUGACAUAGAGACCGACUGCGCAACAAACUAUUUGACAAAUAAUGCAGUCGAUCAGUGGUUUUGGAAAGAUGAAAAAGGAAAAUGGAUUCCAUAUCCAAGAAAAAUGAACGAUAAAAUCAACAGAAUUUACAAAAGAAAUCCUGGUUCCACUGUUGUUGUGACAAUAAAGGACCAAACAUACAGGGUAGUCUUGGCAAAACAUGUACAUAUAAAUUUAACAACGAGGGAGGAGUCUAAAGUUAAAUUUGUAACAAGUGAUUUGUGAAAUAAAAUUACUUAUUUGGCUUGA